AACUCCCUUUACAGGAAUCUUCAAUAUAGAAGUUACGAAACACCUUAGAAAAUGAAAAAUUGGAUGUUGAUCAACUUGAUGUAGUCAGUGUCUUGUGAUGAAUCAUUUAUAAGUUACACGUAUAGAUAUUCUUUAGGACCAUUACUAAAUACACAUUUAAAGUUUCAAGAGUUUUUCAAGAUGUCGUGGGGAGCCCCAGGUGCCAGACCUCAAUAUAGUGGCUAUGGACAGCCUCAAAGUGGAGGAUACAACCCAUCAGCUCCCCCUGGUGGUGGGGGUUAUGGUGCCCCUCCACAAUAUCAGCAGCAGCAACAGCCAGCACAAGGAUAUGGACAGCCCCCACCUCAGUAUGGUGGAGGAGGGUACCAGCAGCAAGGUGGCUACCAGCAGACACCCCAGGGAGCAGGGGGUUAUCAACAGCCUGGAUAUGGAGGGUACGGUGCACCUCCUUCCCAGGGAUAUGGGGGUGGCCCUGGAGGACCACCAGGGGGUUAUGGUCCUCCCCCACCUCCAGGAGUUUCUCAAGACGUAUGGAACAUGUUCCAGGCAGUAGACCAAGAUGGCUCUGGGAAAAUUACAUCAGUGGAGCUUCAAAAAGCAUUAAUGAAUGGAAACUGGUCACCGUUUAACCAUGAGACAUGUCGUCUAAUGAUCGGCAUGUUUGAUAACAACAAAGAUGGAACAAUUGAUGCCCAAGAAUUCGCAGCUCUAUGGAAGUAUAUCCAGGACUGGAAAUCCUGCUUUGAAAGGUUUGAUACAGAUAGAUCGGGUAACAUUGAUGCCAGGGAGUUACACACAGCCUUCCAGACAUUCGGCUAUAAUCUAUCCCCACAGUUCUGUGACACGGUUGUCAGAGUGUUUGACCGUAGGGGGUCCAGAAACAUCAAUUUUGACGACUUCAUUCAGACCUGUGUGAUGCUGAAGACAUUGACAGACAAAUUCCGAGUCAAGGAUACACAGCAGAGAGGGGUCAUAAAUAUUAGCUAUGAAGACUUCCUGGAAAUGGUUUUGGACAACACCAUCAUGAAUGUCAGGUGAUCAGACAAACGGUGGACUGUCCAGAAUUUGUGGCUUACCACCUCUUCAAACAGACAAAUACACUAUAUGAUAAUGUGACAUCGACAUUCUUAUCAAGUACUUGUAGUAGGAUAAUCUUUAUAAGAAAAUUUUCUUUAAUGGCUUCUAUUUUGCCUAAAUUUGAGUGCGAUAGCUACUGUUUAAGGUUUUAGAUAUUCAGAGUAAUGCUGGACAUAUUCUUCAAUAUGAAUGUACUGGUAUAUAUUUUUUAUGUAGAUUUUUCUUCAUUGUUUAUAAUAGGUAGUCCAGUACUGUUGACAUUGUAUACAAAAUGCUGCUGCUUUUAAUGACAACUUUAUCAUGUUUAGUUUGCUAUAUGACCAAAAGAUAUGAAUUGUACAGCAUUAAUGUUUCAAUAGCCAUAACAGACAUCUUGGAUCUGUUGAAACUGCUUGGUUUUUUUGUCACAUUACAACAAAUAUCCUUGGGAUUGAGUAACAGAUGUGGUGUUGAAACUCUUGUGAAGGGAUGAUUUAAUGUCUCGAGCCUUCCUCUCCUCUAUUUUACUAUUUCAACAAUCAUCAAAGUGUUUGAUUCUUGUUUUAUUUUACAAAUUUAGAAUUGUCUCUAUUUGAAAUGAGGAGUGUUGGAAUGGUGGUAGUGUUAGAAACAUGGCCUCCAUACCAGCUCUGGUUAGUAGGUUAACCCUUUACUAGAUCGGUAAAGCACUAGACUGUCAUACCUGAAAUCCCCAUACUUGUCACUGUUACAGAAUUAAAUCUUUUCUGUUUUCAGUAAUGCAACUUCAGAUAUUGACAAUGAAGUUAUGAAAUUAAUGGUUGUGAAAUAUGAUUUAUAAUGUGAAUAUUUAGAAUGAAAAGAAAUGAGACACAGCAUAUUUAUCUCCAAUAGAAAAAUAAGAGGUGGUCGUGGAUUCUUGAAUAUUAAUCAUUUUAAUUAAGUAUUAAUCAGCAUUAAAUAUUUUUACUAAUUUCUUCAUUAAUCUUUUCCAUUGUACAUUCCUUGUAAUUUUCUUUCAUCUCUAUAAUGAUAAAAUGCAUUUUUUCUGCAUUUUGACAUUUUAUUUUGCCAUAGGCAAUAUAUAUUGAUGCAUGCAGUUUGUCUGUUUGUAUGGUAAUUAUUCAUGUCUCUGGAAGCUGUCCAAAUGUAUUCAUUGUUCGCUAGUUAAUUUUGUAGUUCCAGUAGUACAAUUAUUUUUCCAAUUUUUCAUGUAUGUUUACAUAGUAUAGCAUAAAACAUAGCUACAGAAAUGGAUUAAAUGAAAAAUGAUCAGAAUAUGUGUUGUUUAUCAAAAGGGCUGUGUUAUAAGGAAUAAAAUAUGUUUGUCAUGUUGAA